CCAAACUUUCGAUUGAGUUUAGUUAGAACUCGAUCGGUUUAGUCGUUAUUGAGAUCUGAUAAUCUCAGGUGCUCGCAAGUCGCGUAUUCGCGUAUACACGGAGCGGUCUCGCGCUGCGCGUUCACUUGGCGCGAGACACUACCGUGUCUCUUGAUUUGAAUUAAUUAUAUUUUUUAUUAAUUGAUCUUUUCAUCCUGUAGCGGGAAAUGCCAUUUUGUUUAGUUCUCUUUAUUUGAUAGAUACGCAGAAUAAAAAAUUGCGAUUUAAUUUAUUCGGAGGGCGCUGGAUCGCUCUAAAGCGUGGAUCGGUCUAGGACGGGAGACGAAUACCUCACACCAUAGACUUGGGUGUAGGCGUCUGGUUUGCAGCGGCAAAUGGUGUCCGCUCCGGUGCUGUCUCUUAUGGCGGAACGCAUAUAGCGCGCCGGCAGCCCUACGCCUACGCUAAAGUCUUACGACUUCGUAGCAGUGUUGUUAGACGGGACGGUUUUUCUCGUGCAUGCGCGAGAAUUCGCAGUAUAAAUUGUCUAUUUUAUUUGAUUUUGUACAAUCUUGACUUAAAAAAAAAAUUUUAUAUAAUGUUUCAAUAUGUAGACAAAAUGUAGGGCUCCUAAAAAACCUAUAUAAAUCAGAUUUUUAUACUUAAUAAUGUUAUAUUUGACGUGCAUGCGCGAGAAAAAUCGUCCCGUCUAACAACACUGCUUCGUAGGGGCAGUUGACAGGGAAGGUCGUACGCUUCGCAGCGCGCACCUUCCCGCACCGUUGGCUUGUGUGUCUCCCGCGGGAUGGAUAACGACAGAGAGAGAGAGAGAGAGAGAGAACUAAAGCGCCCGUGUAUUGCGAGAGAACGCUGAAACGCGCUCUCUCAGCGGGUGACGGGGGCCGCCGCGUUCCGUACGGAACUGCAACUCUGUGCCAUGAUUCACCACUCGCAAUGACUAUAGAAGGAAGGUAACUGAACUGAAGCACCACCGAUGUUUCACUCGCGACGCGGAGAAAAAGAGGAAAAGAAAAAAAGAAAAAGAACUUGAUUUAGUUGCACUAAUUUUAAUGAUAAAAAGAAAAGAGAAUUAUGUAUUUAAUGAGAACUCGCACCUUCACAAUUGAUCGUGUUCGUUUGAUUAGAUUGAAUUCGCACGUAUGCACUCGCUACGGUCGCACUUACGUUCUAUAAUUAUAAAGCAGAACUAAUUAAUAAAUGAAGGGAGAAAUUGCCACCUCGAGUCUCUCUAAAGUAAGAUCGCGUAAAUAUUCCAACUUCAACCUGAAUCAAUUGAAAUUAUUCUAAGUUCAACUCGUGAAAAUAACCUACAGCACAUGAUAUCCUAUGUAUCAUCCCAUUUUAAUACUCAAUGUACUGUGAUCAUCGUAGAAUGUUGAGAUCAUCGCUAUAAUAUCUUUUACAGUAUUAUUCGAUUUUCUUCCGCGCGCGUAUAAUCUCAGGUUUGACUCAAGAUACGGAAACGGUACGUAUACUAACGACAUCUGCAUACGUCGAAUCAUUAUACUGUCCUAGUACGGAGUGGUACGAAGUACGGACCAACGCAGACCAACGGACCCGCAUGUGUCCGCAUAGUGAUAUAUGUAUGUUAACAGAAUUAAUUAUAUUGAAGCGUAAUUGGUAUAAAGUUCAAUUUGUAUUAUUUGGAUUGGCUGCUGGCUAUUUGACAAUCAACGCUGUAGAAAUUUACGACAGAAUGACUGAAAAGAAUAAGAAAUAUGUUAUUGUUGAAUUCAAAAAUGGACUUCAAAUAAUACCCAUGAUAUGGUUGACUAGUGAUUUAAAAAGAGCAAAAUGGCCGAAAAAUUACAUAACUAAUAAAAGAUAUGACAAAGCAGUAAAAAAUAUGGAAAAACCAGAAUCAACUUGGGAGGAGUAUCCUAUUAUGAAAAUAUUUACAUCAUGUUGCCUCGCGAUUUUCGCAUCUAAGUGUCGCGUAGUCAUUGUUGCAACUUCGCAAGAUGUCUCGCGAGGAGAACGUGAACGAGGAUCAAAAAAUGCCACGAGGUGAAGAAGAUGUGGUGGAUAAAAAACCGCCACCGAUUACACGUAAAACGAGGAGUGACGGUGCCGUGAUUACACGGAGCCGUCACUGCAACACAUGUAGUAAGGAUGCAAGGAUGCCGCAGUCGACGGCGCCCGUACACAAACCGACGGCCGCGGCGCCCGUACGCAAAUCGACGGCCGCGGCGCCCGUACGCAAAUCGACGGCCGCGGCGCCCGUACGCAAAUCGACGGCCGCGGCGCCCGUACGCAAAUCGACGGCCGCGGCGCCCGUACGCAAAUCGACAGCACCUCCUGAAAAAAAAGAAAUAGAAGAAGGAGAAGAAGGAGAAGAAGGAGAAGAAGAAGAAGAAAGAGAAGAAUAUU